AUCAGGAAGUCAUCCACUGUUAUCCUUCACCUUUAUCUCCUAAGUCAAACUGCGUGCAUGUGACCGAGAGUUUCACGUCUUAUUAUGGAUAAUAUGGAACUCGAACUUUCCCAGAUAUACUCAAUAUCACUGUAGUGUUGAAACUCUGCGAGCAAAGUUAAAAAGGUCAUCCUUUUAGGAAAAAGUGCUCAACAUGCCUCCUCCUCCCCUGGCGGGCGCUGAGCUGAUCCGCACGCCGCUGCAGCUCUACCGCUAUCUGCUGCGCUGCUGCAAACUCCUGCCAACGGCAGCCAUGCAGAAACACUACCAGCACGCCAUCAGACAGAGCUAUAACAGUCACGUGGAUGAAGAUGAUGCAGAAAGGAUCCAGAUGAUCAUUCAGAGAGCCAUAUCUGAUGCCGACUGGGUUUUAAAUAAAUAUGCUAAAAAGAAGUGACCGCCGAGCGGAAAUGUUCGUCCAGCUGCCUCAGAACUGCAAAGGUCAUGCACAGACUGCUAAACACCUCAUAGUGCAACUGUACAACGCCGUGAAAUCCAUAUAAACUCCAUCCACGUAAACGUUAUCAAGUAUAACAAUUAGAUGAUUUUUCCUUGAAAAGCUUUUGUGGGAGCUUUACCAAUGCGUGCUUAUGUUCUGACAAGUCAUAGACCUACAUUUGCACAUUGCGUUUAAUGUUUAUUUUGUACUUUUUAAUGAAAUGUUAAUAAAUACAUUUAAUAUUG